ACGUCCGCCCUCCCUCCCUCCUUCUCUCUCCUGUGCUGCUGGCAAAGUUGUUCACGUGAGUGGGAGCCUGGGUGUUACCUGGAGCCGAGCCUCUUUCCCCCUGGCGCCCGCAAACAGAGAAGCAGCCGCCGGCGGAGGAAGAUCCACGGGGAAGCGUCUCGAAGGUGGCCCGAGAGGAUGGAUGUGCCACCUCCCAGUUACUGUUUUGUUGCAUUUCCACCAUCUACUAAAGAUGGCCAUGUAAUAGUUGGAAAAAAUUCUGCACGUCCUCGUGAUGAAGUUCAGGAGGUAGUUUAUUUUGCUGCUGCUACUUAUGAUCCAGGAUGUAAAGUUGAGUGCACAUACAUUGAAAUAGAUCAAGUACCUAAGACAAAUGCUAUUGCACUGAGCAGACCUUCCUGGCUCUGGGGGGCUGAAAUGGGAGCCAAUGAACAUGGAGUCUUCAUUGCUAAUGAAGCUGUGCUAGCCAGAGAAGCAGCAUCUGAAACUGAAGCUCUCCUAGGAAUGGAUCUUGUGAGACUUGGGCUUGAAAGAGGUUCAACUGCUAAAGAAGCCUUGGAUGUCAUUGUCUCACUGCUGGAAGAAUAUGGUCAAGGUGGAAAUUACUAUGAAGAUGGAAAUAUGUGUCAUACUUUCCUGUCUGCUUAUCUGAUAGUAGACAGAAAAGAAGCUUGGGUGUUGGAUACUAUUGGAAAAUAUUGGGCAGCAGAGAAAAUUAUAGACGGAGUGAAGUGCAUUUGCAACUGUCUGUCCUUAACUACAAAAAUCGACGCAGAGCACCCUGAGCUUAGAAGUUAUGCAGAAAGUAAAGGAUGGUGGAGCACAGAUAAGGAGUUCAAUUUUGCUGAAGUAUUUUCCCAAGUUGAUGAUUGUUCAGAUCGUUGUUUGGGAAAGGAGAUCUUAAAAAAGCAAGAAGGCAACAUCACUGUGGAAACAAUGAUUGACCUAUUACGUAACAAGGCUGAGGGCAUCUCUGUGGAUUCAGACUCUUUUCUUACAACAGCAAGCAUGGUGUCCAUCUUACCUCAGAAUCUGACUUCCCCAUGCAUUCAUUUUUUCACUGGCACACCCGAUCCAUCCAAGUCCAUAUUUAAACCUUUUAUCUUUGUGGAUGGUGUGAAAACAGUAACUAAAGUUCAAUCACCCAUUUUUGGUAGUGAAGAUCCUGUGAAAAAAAUUCCUCGGUUUCAGGAGAAACCUGAUCGCAGACAUGAACUGUACAAGGCGCAACAGCAAGCCCGAUUAGUCUUAGACAGUGAUGAGUGCCCAGAGACACUGUUAGCCUUUGCACAAGAACAUAGAACUCUUCAAGCCUUGAAAGAUAAUCUCACCAUAUUGCCGAAUUUGGGAGGAAGUAUUCGUCUUUCUAGAGAAACUUUCCUCAGUAGCUGUAUCCAGUUAACAUCAUUUUUCAUUAUGUGUUGUCCUGUGUAUAUUGCUAAAAGAGAAGAUUCACUGAUUGGUUCAGUUAGUAGAUGCAUGCUGGCCAGCCUAAUGCUGGAAUUUCUAUUUUAUUUAGCUGACAAAACUUUAGAAAUGAAUAAUUUUAGAAAAGACUAUAGAAGUCUCAAUGAUGUUUUCAAAUUAAGCAGGAUCUUUUGAGAACUUCCCUUCAAAAUAUUGAUUCACUUUCAAAGGAAAGAUGGUCCACUUUAUAACUUCUGAAUGGUAUUUUUGAAUAGAAAAUGUGGAAAUGUUAAAAAAAAAAAGGAAAUUCCAUUACAAAGGAUAUAACUUUUAGCAAUGGAAUGCCUUUUCACUAAUGCUAGUUUGAAUAAGAAUGAAAUCAAUUUACAUAAACCUUAGAAACAUUUUUCAAAAAGUUUGGUUUAUAAUGUUCCCAAUAUUAUUGAAAAUUUGUUGGAUAGGUUUUAAGUAAGAUAGAAUGUGAGGAUAUCUUUUAUCACCUUUGCUUUAGGGCGGCUAAUAAGUCUGUUACUACUUUGCCAAAUAGCAGCAGUCAUUUAUAGCUAUUUAAAUAGUAGAAAAGGAUCUAAUCCAGUAAUCAAUAAUUUCCAUUGUUAUAUAAUUAUGAAUACUAAGAUAGCCUCAGAUGAGCAAGGUUAAAUUUGCACAUUUCGAUUGACAGUUAAUGAGUCAGCAUAUUUGCAUUUGUAGCAAACCAAGAUUGAGUUAAAAUGGCAUGUGCGGUAAUGACAUAACAAACUCCACAUUCGUGUGCUUGCAUCUCAUUGUCUGACACAUUGUCUGACACAAAUAUGUAACACGGGUUUUGUGUUAUGAUGCAUAGUUCUCCACGUUCAUCAUGUUCACUGAUAAUAUAAAAUUAUAUUUACUUUCUUAAAGCAAUUGACAGUGAAAGUGUUCUUUACCUCCAGGUUUUUGAAUCUUGAAUCCAUUCUCUAACGUAAGUUGCUUAUUGUCCGUGCAUCCAGAUAACAUUGGACAUUACCAAGUUCAUCUUGGCUAUCAGCAAGUCAUUCCUCCUACUGUUGACUUCUUAAUGAAAAGAUGGAUGUAUGGAAGAAAAUGAUUGUGCAGGUGAAGCCAUCAGGCAGUGACAGGCGAUCAGAUUCUGAUUUCAAAACUAUGGUGCUAAUCCUAUAAUUCAAAACCUCAGGAUUCUGAUGUUAUAAAAUUUCCAACUAUCAGCUCCCAACUAAAUUAUUGUGAUCAGGUCACAAAUGCUGUUUAUAGUGUUCUUAACUAGGGACACUUAUAAAACAGAUGUCAAGAAUGACACACAAUUCAUGAGGCAAAUAAUAGUUUUAAAAAUUAUGCAGGAACUAAGGAAAGUAUUUUUCCACUGUACAAGGAACAGUGUAAUUUUCAAGGGCCAGACUUUUUUCUAGUUCUUCCAAUAUAUCUUGUCACUAUAGAGAUCUACAGACUUUCCUUAGUCAAGCAAUUUAUCUUAUAUGGACAGUUUGUACAGCAAACAGCUAUUAUUUUACGAUUUUAAAUUUUAAAGAAUAAUGGCAUCAAAAGAUGGCUGAAAAAGGGGAAAAUGUAUAUUGUAAAUGCAUUGAUUUGAGGA